AAUGUUGGAUGCCGUGCUAUGACAACGUCACUGCUCCUCCGUCCUCGCUGGGUCGACCCGUCGGCAAUGUUCCUCUACGACAACGGCGGCGGUUCCGACGAAGUGAGUAAGAACAUGGAGGGUUUUGCUGGUGGCAACUUUGCUGCAAAUCAGUGUAGGAAUCUUAUGGCGCACCCCGCGUCUCUGGCACCCACGGCUUACUCCUCCAGCGACGUCCCCCCCUCCGGUAUGGGAGAACCAGUGAAACAGUGCAGUCCCUGCUCUGCAGCUCAGAAUUCAUCCAGCGCGUCCCUGCCCUAUGGGUACUUCGGUAGCAGCUAUUACCCGUGCAGAAUGUCGCAUCACAGCAGCAUAAAAUCGUGCGGAGCGCAGCCCCCCUCCGCAUAUGGGGAGAAAUACAUGGACUCCUCCGCCUCGGGAGACGACUUCACCUCUCGGGCAAAGGAGUUUGCUUUUUAUCCGACCUACCCUUCAGGCCCAUACCAGCCUGUCCCCAGUUACCUGGACAUGCCCGUGGUGCCAGCUAUCAGUGCGCCGUCAGAGGCCAGACAUGAGUCUCUGCUGCCUAUGGAGAGCUACCAGCCGUGGACUCUCACCGCCAACGGCUGGAACAGCCAGGUUUAGCAGCCCCAGCCUGGGCAUAUGUGGAAGUCCUCCAUAGACGCAGGGCCCCACACCGGAGUGGACUCCGGCUCCUACCGGCGUGGAAGAAAGAAGCGAGUACCAUACACCAAGGUUCAACUGAAGGAACUCGAGCGCGAGUACGCGGCUAACAAAUUUAUCACAAAGGACAAAAGGAGGAGGAUAUCUGCUCAGACCAGCUUGUCCGAGAGACAGGUCACGAUAUGGUUUCAAAACAGACGGGUAAAGGAGAAGAAAAUUGCCAACAAAUUGAAAACCAUCAGCUAGUCCCCCACCUCCUCUUUUUUCUUUUUAAAUUACGGUCAACAUAUGUGGGAGAUAAAUUACGCACGCACAGGGUUGGACUCCUGGAUCAGAAGAACAAAACUUGUUCCUAACUGAACCUGAUUCAUUUGUAUGAUGCCAAAUGAUUUUCCGGAGGAUCUGGAACUAAAUAUCCGAGGCCUGUGAACGCGGGACCCUCCAUUCACUGCCACUUGUUAUUAAAUAUCGUUUAAGGAGUCAAAUGAGAGAAAAAGAAACUUGUAUAGCUGCAGUAUGUGUGGUUUGUUUUUCCUGGCAUGCUCACUUUCAACCCAAGAAAACGCACUCCAGUGCACAGAGGCGUGCGCCACCGAGCUACACCUUUAUCUGCACGUUUAAUGACAGUGAUAAAUGCUAAAUAUUAAUCUCUCCUGAGAACCUACUCACAUGCUUAGCUUGUAUGACGUUUAGUGUUAUCAUAUUCAUGUGCCGAUAUUCAUACAUGGUGCAGUUAUUAUUCCAAUGCUUUGAUGAUCGUGCGGGAUAUGUGUUAGUGUCAAUCAUAGCUUUUAAAAUGUGUGCGUAUUCAUGUGGUUGUAUAUAAAGUACAUUUCGGCAUGGUACUAUUCAAGUUGUUUGUGUGUGAGUUCAGUUG